AACAAUCCAUUUUACAAUAUACACAUUAAUAUCAAUUAAUAUGCUCUCCUUUACUAAACACAAUGCAAGGUUUGAAAGAAUGAUUCUAUUCUACUUUACUGAUGCACAUUUAUUAAUGUUCUUUGUAAAAAAGGAUGAUAAUUAAAAUGAUUUCCCUCGGUUUCACUGAGGGUUUUGAACGUCACGCCAACCAGAAGCGUUACUGCAUUGGUCAUUGGACGUUAGAAACGUUUGCACAAUGACGCUAGCAGUUUUAUACUGACACUGGUUUGUGCCAGCUUUAUCAACAGUACCACAAGAACGCAAAGGGAGUGUUAACACACGAUCCACCACCGGUUUUCUGGUGGGGAGGUUAUCAAUCGUAAGAAAAAGGAAAGCACAUUUAAUUACCUGUCAAUCACACAUUAAACACAUCACAAACAUUGACGACAACGGCUACAGAUAGGGACACAGCAGCAACAACGGUUUUUAUUGAAAGGAGCAUGAGCGAAGCGUUGUGGAGUGGCCGGAAGUGAUUUUCGAUGAAAGUCACAGCCAAACAGUGAGACAGGGCAGGAUGUUUGAGUAGACUGCAAAUAUCACAUUUUCGAAAUAUACCGAACGCUUUGCUGUGUAAUGUGUUGUGAAAAGGGAAUCGUAGUACUUUGACUGUUCUGUAGUUUUCCAGCUGAAUUAAUCGCUGAGUGAAAGGCUUUGUGUAGGAGACACGGGGUUACCGUUUUACUUACACUCAGAUGACGUUCCAAAGGCUAGCAGCCCGGGUGGAAUCCGGUUCGGAAAACAGAUUCGUAUCAAUCAUGCUGGGUUCUGGGGUUUAAAAACAUCACACGCACAUAUUGUACGGACUGUGGAUACCUUUUGCAGUGGGCUAUAAAUUCUAGCAACUAGUAUUUACUACGCGUCACUGAGCGAACGUAUGCGUAUAUGUUAUGGACGUGCAAUAGUUGAUUGCACUCAGGGAUUAUAAAGAAACUAUCAGUUGUACAAAAUGCAGCAACAAAACAUAUCCUGAGUUAUUCCCAAGGUGAAUAGCUAUACACACAAUUUCAAAUCGAUAUGUCAAUAAAAACUCAAAGUAAUCGAAGUAGUCUGCAAUGUAUUUGGUAGAAUAAUUCAACUUACUAUUGACACACCAUCAUCAGUGAAGCUAGGAAAAGGUCAACGUUAAAAAUGUCUGCAGAUGGAGAUGAAGUUCCCCCAAAAAUAUACCGUCAUGUACUCAAAGGCCUACAAUUUUAUCACACUGUGGAUGGAAGCGGAUGCACUCACAACGAACUAGUUUCGUUCGUUUUCUUGAAGAAUAAUCGCAUGUAUAAUCCGGUGCUUGUGAAAAAAUGGGUCGGCGAUGUACUCAACACAUUAAAGAGCUGCCGGCUUCUAGGCGAGGAUCCGUUCGGGAACUAUCAUCUUCAUGGUGCAGUGUUAAAUGAUCUUUUUGAUAAUGACGAACAGUUCGUGCUGAAUCCAAAUCGUAAUAAUCGGGUUUUGAAACGUAAAGGCAAUCGUUACCUGCUGCCUAAACAUAUAAUACACGGCAUUUCCAAACCAUGAAGAAAAGAAAUUGAAGAAAUAUCCUUCCGACUCCGAGGCACUCAAAGGUUCGAUAUGACGUUUUAUACAAAACAGCACCACAGCAUUUUCUUCAGGCAAAUCACUGGGAACUUUGUUUGCGAAAGAUUAGCCCGUCUUCCCCUCGUCGGGUAUCAUCUGUCUCUUAAGUUAUAUCUAAAAAUUGACCAAGAAGAUGAGAAGUCGCUGCUGCAACUUCAGUGUGCGAGCGGAGAAAAUAGGAAGCCUCGGGCGUAAAUUGUCUCCAACAUAAAAGACUUCAUUUGUUACUGUAGAAA